AUGGCGGUCUCUCAACCAAAGCCCAAGCCGCCUCCCAAGGCAAACACCACCACUCCGAAAGGAAAGAUGCAGAUGCAUCGAAGGUCUCGAACAGGCUGCUACACAUGCAGACUACGAAGAAAGAAGUGCGACGAAGGCACGCCAGCCUGCACAGCUUGCAAACACCUCGGCCUCUGCUGCGAGUACAAGCGGCCGAUAUGGUGGAGCAACAAUGACCAACGCCGCAAUCAUAAAGACAACAUCAAGGUGAUCAUCAAGUGCAAGAAGCUCACCGAGAAGACAACAUCAUCGGCGCCCAACCAAACCGUGACGCCGGCCCCAGAGACGCCGCCGGGACUGUCGCACUCCCUUCCCGCGUCGGCAACUUACUCGGACUCUCUGGAUCGAACGCGGUCAGCUUCCAUCGACUCCGUUUUUGAUUUCAACGCGCCUCCUCACAUCGUAGACUACACCGCGUACAACUCGCAUAUGCACUCAUCCCACUCACACUACGCCCCCAUGUACCCAGAAUACUCUCCGUACGAAAUCGACGUGAAGACCGAGAGACAAAUGUUCGUCAAUGAUAUUCCUACCCGCCGCGAAUCGACCAUCUCCACGUUCAGCACCUUCCAUCCCCCGCCACCCCCCGAGGCCAUGCUCCCAUCAUUCCCACUGGACAGCGAGUGGGAAGGCUCCUACGGUGACCGGAGAGGGUCCCUGGCCGAAGAAGCUCUGAACACUAAUCUGUUCGAUUUUUCGCACGGUCCCCCGUCCAGCAUCCGCCAAGUUGCCAUUGAGCUUGACGAGGGCGACCAGAGACUGCUGGACCACUUCAUUGUCGAUGUCCUGCCCACCGUCUUCCCCGUCCUCGAGACGAAUCAACAUGGCUCCGCGCGAACGGACUACGUCCUCCCUGCUCUCCAAGGCAACAAGUGCUACCUGCACUGCUGUUUGAGUAUUGCAGCGCAGCAUUGCAAAGCUACCAUGAACAUCCAGGGGGAGCAGAUCGACAACGACAUCAUGCGCCACCGCUACGCGACCAUCUCGGAGCUCUGCGAGGCUCUGAACCGGGACACCGACCAUUCGUCGAUCUUGGAAGCGACCCUCGGAAUGAUCUUCUUCCAGACCUCGGUUGGCCGGUACGACGAUUGCCUGCCCGAUAUCCCGUGGCAUCAACAUUUCCAAGCGGCCAUCUCGCUUGUGCAGAAACUCGAGCUGAACCGAAUGGUCUCCGAAUCGCACGAUCUCAUCCAGUUCAACAUGACCCUCACGUCCUGGAUCGACAUCCUGGGCUCGACCAUGCAAGGCCGUGCUCCAACUUUCGCACACACCUACCGCGAGAAGCACCUGUCGUCGACGAACUCAUCGCUUGGACUUCGGGAGCUCAUGGGCUGCGAGGAUCGCGUCAUGUACUUGAUUUCCGAGAUUGCCUGCUUGGAGGCCCUCAAGAAGGAUGGCAUGGACGACAUUCAGCUGUGCCAGCACGUGCAUGCACUCGGCGACCAGAUCGGGCUCACGGAGAUCGGUGACCCCGGGCCCAAGAUCCCAUACAACACCAACGGCGUCCUGAGCCCGAAGCAGCUGAGCAAGAACAUGACCGCCGCGUUCCGGAUCGCGGCACGGAUCUACCUGUGCAGCCUCGUCCCCGGCUUCACCCCCAGCCAAGCAAGCUGCGUCGGCCUCGUGUCGAAACUCACCCACGUGCUCGAGUUCAUCCCCUCGGGCCCACUCGGCUUCGACCGCAGUCUCGUCUGGGUCUACCUCAUCGGCGGCUCCGUCAGCACGGCCGACUCGCCCUUCCGCGCCUUCUUCGAGGAGCGCCUCCAAGGGCUCGGCGAGCUCGCGAGUAUCGGCAGCUUCGGCCGCGUGUCCUGCCUCCUGAAGACUGUCUGGGGCCACGUCGAUGGGCGCUUCAGUCCCGGUGGCGGAGAAGCGCACUACGUCUCCUGGCGAGACGUGAUGCAGAUGGAGGACUGGGAUUACUUGUUGAUCUAG